AUGCUUCAACUCCAACAACUCCCAAGAAGAUCGAGCGCUAUGGGAGGAGGUAAAAACGGGGGCAACAACGAUACGAUUACCAAGUCGGAUGCUGAGAAGAUUCGGCUCAAACGAAUCGCCAAACUACAAUCAUCCCUGACUGAUUCAGACUCAUCUCCUAAACCACAAGAAGAGGCGGCUCCAGCAUGUUCUUCCUCGUCUGUUUUCGCGAAGCCUCCGGCCCCAAAACAGCCUGAAAAACUACUCCCACGAGUUGCCACCCCACAAACUGGAUCCUAUUCCAAUACCACUUCAAAGCCUUGUACAUUAAGUCCGGAAGAGCUCCGUCAAUGGGAACAUGGCAUGAUGACUAGGAUCUUCAAGGCAACCUUAGAUAAAGAAGUCUCUGCCAAGUAUCAGUCGGAUUUGGUUUAUUUGGAAGAGUUUCGAAAUGAAAUAGAGGAAGAAGAGCCUGGUUCAUCAAAGCUACUUUCAGUAGAGAUUGCUGACCGAUUAUUGAUUGCUCGAUUAUCGUUGAACCCCUCGGAUCUUCCGUCUCCCGAGCCAAAUAUGGGGGCCAUUCAAGCCCAAUUACGGAACCAAAGCGCUUUCGAAUAUCUUACCAAGAGUUGGAGUCGUGCACUGGAAGAGCGCUCUAAGGCCUUGGCUAGCAAGUCAUCUCCCACGAAUAAGGUACGGCUGAUCGAGAAGAUAAAAGAACUCCUCGUCAGUUAUAUUGGGCUGGUCACUGUAGAGCCGAGUAUGUUCCCAACUUCGGAAAAUGCGAAAUCCGGGACAGAUGAACUUGUCAAUCUGUUCAUCAAUCCUGCCCCAUCCGAUCCUUUGAUCCACCAUAAGUGGACACUCAUUCACGAGCUCGCAAAUCGGUUUGAUAAUGAUGGAUUGGAAGAUGUCAUCGGACCCACUCUGGUUCGAAUAGCAAUGGACACCAACCUUUUAACCUCGAAAUGGCACAUCGGUGGCCAUGAAUGGCGAGUACCCGUUCGAACUGUUGAAGAUUUGAUGGAAGUCAAGCCAAUCGCACGCAUGGUACCCAAUCUUCCGGCUUGGAUGCCGCUCGCCAACUCACACGAUAAUGGAAGGAGAAUCGAAUUUUUCUGGCUAUUUGGACCGAUCAUGUCACUAUCCACUUUCCCAGACCGAGUGCCAACUAUAGCAUCCGAAUAUUUCAGCAACUCCAAGGAGAGGCCUCAUGCCGAUCUCGAAUCAGCUUCAAAAGGCUUGCAAGCCACUCUGAAUUCGUUACAGUUGAGUCUGUUUAAUAUUUUUGAUCGGAUUGUGCGGUCUGGACCAGUUCCUCGUGAGGCUGUCCUCGAGUUUUGGGCGCAGGCUAUACAGCUGAACAACAAGCGAGCGGCGAUUCAAGUUGAUAAGAACGCGGUAGCCUCAGAUGGAACGAUGAUCAACACGCAAGCCGUCCUGUUACAAUUUGCUGCCCCUUUCUUAGACUCACAAUACAGCAAGAUUGACAAAGUUGACCCAUUGUACUUCAAACGAUCAACUCGAUUGAACAUCCGAGAAGAGACGAAAAUCAACGCGACGCUACAAGAAUCUGAGGAAUUUCUCGGAUCAUCCACCAAUCCGGAACCGGUGAAUUUCAUCAGUGAAAUUUUCUUCCUCAAUGUCGCUAUUUUCCGCCUCGGUAUCUUGACGAUUGCCAAGAAUUGGAACACGAAAGCUAGGGACAUUGAUGAUAUGAAGAAAGAAUUGGUUCGUGCGGAAGCCGAUCGACGCUGGGAUGGGACGCCUCAGGAAUCUGCCCGCAAAGCCAGUUUGGAAAAAUUCAAGAAAGAGAUUUUAAAGCUGGAGUCACAGCUAGUAGCCUACGAAGUCCAAAUGUGUGACCCCGAAUUUUUGAGUAAAUGUAACAGCUUUUGUAGUUUUGUAAUGACUUGGUGUGUCAAGAUGGUCGAUCCUCUUCACCAACACCCACGAGUUCCAAUCAAAUUACCCCUACCAAAUGAGUGUCCAUUGGAGUUUAGAAUGUUACCCGAAUAUGUCUUGGAAGAUGUCAUUGAGUUUUACUCUUUUAUCUCCCGACACUCACCCGGAACGCUUCUUCAAUCAGCUGUGGUGAUCGACGAACUGUUGACCUUCACCCUCGUCUUCCUCACCACGCCUUAUCUCAAAAAUUACCACCUCAAAUCCAAGUUCAUCGAGAUCCUAUAUUAUAAUACUUUGCCCAUUCAGAAUAGAAAGAACGGUAUUCUGGGCGACUCGUUGGACUACCAUCCUCUCGCCUUGGCUCAUCUCAUGCCUGCUUUGAUGCAGAUUUACGUGGAGGUGGAAAUCACCGGCAGCCACACUCAAUUCUAUGAUAAAUAUGUUGCAUUAAUCCUUCGGAAAGUGUGGGACAAUCAAACACAUCGGGCAGCUCUGAAAAAGGAGUCAUUGACGGAUUCGUUCAUCCGAUUUGCGAACUUAUUGAUGAACGAUGUGACAUACCUUUUGGACGAUACCCUGGGACAGCUCCAAGAGGUCCAUCGGAUCGAAACUAUGAUGGCCGAUCGAGAGGCCUGGCAAAGCCUCCCAGAAUCGGAGCGGAAAGAGGAAGAAGGCAAGUUGUUGGCGUGCGAGCGCCAUUGCCCCAGCUUCUUGAGUCUCGCCAAUGAAAAUGUUAGGAUGCUCAAGAUCUUCACAGAAGAGACACCGAAUGCGUUCUUGAAAUCGGAAAUCGUCGUUCGAUUGGCCGCCAUGCUGGACUACAAUCUCAACACAUUAGCCGGCCCCAAAUGCCAAACGCUGAAAGUGAAAGAUCCUAAAAAAUAUAACUUCCAACCUAAGGACUUAUUAUCUGAUUUAUUACAAGUCUAUUUGAACUUGUGGGAUCGAGCGCCAUUUCAUGAAGCCAUCGCAAACGAUGGAAGAAGUUACACCAAAGAAUUGUUCGAAAGGGCUGAUCGAAUCGCCAGGAAGGCAAACUUAAAAUCGACCGAGGAGCUUGAGAAGUUGGCCAAGCUAGUCGAAAAGGUAGAAGAGUUGAAGCAGUUAGAAGCAGAGGAAGAGUUGGAGUUGGGCGACAUCCCUGAUGAAUUUUUAGAUCCGUUGAUGGCUACCUUAAUGAGGGAGCCGGUGAUCUUACCCACUUCCAAGACGACGGUCGAUUUGUCAACCAUCAAGCAACAUUUCCUCAGCGAUGCUACUGAUCCUUUCAAUCGAAUGCCGUUGAAGAUCGAAGAUGUUAUUCCUGAUGUGUCGCUAAAAGAAAAAAUCGAGGUUUGGGUCAAGGAAAAGAAAAGUUCUAAAAUGGAAUUCUAA